UAUCAAGAAAUGUGUUAAUGCACUGCACCUAAUGUUCAAUACACAUUCAUUAUGAUUUUCAGAUUCGUUGAUGACUACCGUCUCUGCUGUGCCUUAUCCAAGUUGCAUCACUUUUCUACCGAGCACAAUUGUCACACUACAAAGCCUCAAUCAGAUUUGAUUCUGUGCGACAGCCUUAUGCCAAAUAACAUACUACGAGCGGUGUUGUGGGUAUUGGGAAUAAGCGCCCUCAUUGGUAAUUUGUCCGUCUUGAUUUGGAGGCUUACACAGAAAGGGGUCGGAGGGGGUAAAAAGACGCUCUCACUUAUGGUUGGAAAUCUGGCGCUCGCAGACGUCAUGAUGGGUGUGUACAUGCUAAUCAUAGCUGUUGCAGAUCUUACAUUUGGCGAGGACUACUUUCUUGUGGCCCCUGAGUGGCGCUCCAGCAUAAUGUGUAAACUUGCUGGAGUCUUGUCCAUUCUGUCCAGCGAGGCUUCGGUGUUUUUUGUGACACUCAUCAGCGUGGACUGCUUCCUUGGCAUUGUGUUUCCGUUGAAAAACUUCUCUCUUGGGGGAAAAUCAACGACAGUCAUCAUUGUUGUCUUAUGGUUUCUGGCACUUUGUCUGAGUAUCGUACCGACCCUUUCAUUUGGGUCUGAUUCUGAUAUAUAUGGACUUUCGGAUGUUUGUAUCGGCCUUCCUCUUACCACAAAGACAUCUGGUGUGAACAAAGAUUUCCUAGAAAUCACGGAGGGGAGUGUGGUGAAACAAUUCGUCGAUAAAAUUGUCCACGCCACAGGUGAGAAACCAUCUUGGAUCCUGUCAAUCAUUCUCUUCCUUGGCGUCAAUCUGGUUUCUUUUCUUCUUGUCCUGUGUUGCUACGUCGCCAUCUUCGUCAGUGUCAAGCGGACGGCCAGUGCCGUCCGAGUGAAUGCCCACAGGGAGCGUGAAGUCAGAAUGGCGAUCAAGAUGGCGCUGAUCGUGAUGACGGAUUUCUGCUGUUGGAUGCCAAUAAUCAUCAUGGGGAUUCUGUCUCAGACGGGAACAGUCACUCUAUCCACCGAGGUGUAUGCAUGGGUCGUGGUUCUGGUUCUUCCAAUCAACUCGUCCCUCAAUCCUUUCCUUUACACUUUCUUCACAGUUUGUUGCGCGACUAAACCGAAGGCCAAACCGCAGAAAAAGGAAUCAAACAAACCAAAAUUAGAACAAAGUGCAACAAACACAAAGAAACCAACGACGCAAUCUAAGAAGAAACCAACGACGCAACCUAAGAAGAAACCAACCAAGGAGAAGAAGAAAGCUACGGUGAUUGCCCGUUUCUGCGUUGAUGAGGAUGAAGAUGAGGCCAUUGAUCAGGUGCAGUUGUUUCAGAGACCAGACCCUCCAGCAGAGACUAACGGCAAUAGCCCAGUCCGGGAUCCUUGGUCUUCACUCAAAAGCAGUUCCCCCAUCAACACCAAUCAAAUGGUAGCAGUCCCAUUAAGGGAUCUCCUGAUGAUGCGCCGAAUGGCAAGUGAUGUCCGGGAAAUUAAGGAGUGCAUCAGAUAUUGCGGCUUUCAGCCACCAACAUCUUCGGCAUCCCUAGAUCCCCCAUCAAGGUCACCAACUCGACCCAUCGCAGGACAUCGCACCACUGCCCCUUCAUCCCCUACAAUGGACCUCAAGUCUCUGUCUUCGGAUAUAAUAUCGGACAUAAAGGACAAUUCAUCAUCAGAGGCCAACUUUGCCCUCUCCUUAGUCCGAUUAUUAUUUUCGAAGACAGAGAUGAGAGAAUCAAAUUGUAGGGGUGUCAAGGGGAAGCGGCAACUAGAUCAUGUGAGGAUUAGAGCAAUCAAAGAUAUCCUGAAGAGCAAGACUACUAUUGCAGGACAAAGAUUUGACAAUUACUGGCAUCGUGAAUGCUUAAAGCCAUUGACGAAGGCUGCAGGCGCCUGA